AUGGCGGGUGCGGGGCCGCAGCCACUGCUCCUGCUGCUCCUCCUCGCUUUCCCUAUUGCGCCCGCCGGCGGGGCCCUGCGGCUCCUGCUCGGCGCCGCGCCUCCCUUCAUCUGCUCCCAGCCCGAUUUAAACUGCCUCGUAAAAAAUAGUACCUGCAUGGAGGCAAGCUGGAGGCCUGAUCUCACUCCUUCUGCUCCAAGCAGUCUUCAUGUCUCAUCUGAUGUUUUCCACCAGAUGGAUGGAAAACUGCUGCCUGUGCUUCGGAUAGAGUGGAAGGUGGCCACUGAUGCUAGCGUCAGGUACCUGGAAGGAGCGGAGCUGGCUGUGAUGCAGGUGAACAACAACCAACAGCUCUGUGCCCAGUUUGCCUUUCAGAACAAUUUCCCACUUCAGGUCCGCCCAGACGGAGGCCGGUGGAGCUUCACUUUUGACCGGUUUGAAGUGGAGCCUGGCCAGACAUACCAAGUGACUGUCUACCACCUGCCCAAACUCAGCGUGGAUGGAGACUACAAUUGCAAGUCCAAGUCGUUCACAAUGCCUGACUGCAAGGACUCUCUGAUGAAAACAACCACCCCCUGCAUAAACACAGGCAGCCUGUGGGAGCCCAGGAUCCAAGGUGAAAGCCUGGAUGACACAACUCUGCUGGUGAGUUUUAACCCAUGGAUGGAACCAAUGCGAUACAAAAUCCACGUGACCAGCUUCCUGAACGAGACGAGGUGUAAGAUGAACAGCCAUGACUUCACUGAGGGUGGACAUCAAGAGCAAGUAAACAUCACAAUCAAAAUAGAAAAGAACAUAAGAGCUUGCUGCAGCUAUGAAAUACAGAUUCAGCCCUUCUUCAUGAACUGUGGCACAGACUGUCUGAGGCAUUCUGCUUUCAUCCCCUGCUCGCCAGCUCCAAGUACAGACCCAUCAGGUGAUAUGAUUAUAUGGCUCUACUGGUGUAUCACUGGGAUCUGUGUGUUACUGGUGGGAUCAGUCAUAGCAGGUGUGAUUUGCAUGACCAAAAAACGAGCAGCACACCGGCGAGGGAAAUGCAACCACACUGAUUUGCAGACUGCACCAUACACCGACCUUCCUCUGCCGCCCCUGAAGCCCCGGAAGGUUUGGGUUGUGUACUCUGCUGACCACCUCCUGUAUGUGGAUGUGGUGCUGAAGUUUGCUGAGUUCCUGAUGACGGUCUGUGGCACUGCUGUAGCCCUGGAUUUGCUGGAAGAUCAUCAGAUCUCAGAGCUGGGGCCCUUACCUUGGCUGACUCGACAGAAGAAGGAAAUGGAAGACCUCACUUCCAAGAUCAUCAUCUUGUGUUCUCGAGGUACCCAGGCCAAGUGGCAGGCCAUGCUGGGGGGCGAGCCUGUGCGCCUCAAGCAGGAUCAGCAGAAGCCGAUGGGAGACCUCUUCACCCCAGCCUUGAACCUGAUCCUGCCGGAUUUCAAGAAGCCAGCCUGUUUUGGGAUGUACAUAGUGUGCUAUUUUGAGGGGAUAAGCAGUGAGAGAGACAUCCCUGACCUGUUCAAUGUCACAUCCAGGUACCAGCUGAUGGACAAGUUUGAGGACAUUUAUUUCCGGAUUCAGGACCUGGAGAAGUUCGAACCUGGGCGCAUCCGUCGGAUCCGGGAAAUCACCACUGAGAAUUACAGCGACACCCCCAGUGGGAGGAAGCUGAAAGAGGCAGUGGAGAAGUUCAAGAACUGGCAGAGGGAGCAUCCAGAGUGGUUUGAGAAUGAAACCAUCUGCUUGGAUAAUGAUGAGGAGUUGCAGUCCCUGAACAGAGAGAGCCAGGUGGAGGAGUCUGUGCAAAGUGGAGCAGGCGGGAUUGUGAAACACCAGCUGCACCUGCGGGAGCCUGACCCUGACUGCUGCUGUGUCCUCAACCUCCAAAUGCAGGAGGGUGAAAGUGCAGGUUGUAAACUGCAGCCUCAGGUGAAUCCUUGUGGGGCUCAGACUGCUCACACCAUGGUCCUUCCUGUGGAUGAGGCUCCCUUAGUGCAGCUAGUGGAGCCAGUCUCCUCUGUGGAAGAGAGAAAUAUCCUCAGUCAUCGUGUGAUGAGUAACGAGGACUGCAUGGAAGGAGUUCCUCUUCUGGAGACAAGCUUUCCAAUGAGGAACAAUGUUAUCCUCCCCAGUGACUCUGAGGUUUCAGCAACAGAUGAGCAGAGUCCUGCAAGCCUUUCAGGUGAGCUGAGGCACCAUCUGAACGGACUCAUGUGCUCUCUCUAUCAGCAGAGUGUCCUUCCUUCAGAGCCACCUCUUUGCCAAGAGAAGGCUGAUAAGCAACAGCAGUUGGUCUUUGAUGACCAACACAAAGACCAAAGACAGUCAGUGCAGUCAGACCAAGGCUACAUCUCUAGAUGUUCCCCUCUGCCUCCUGAUGAUCUUGUGGAGGAGGAAGAAGAAGAGGAAGAGAAUCAGGAAAACUGUGAACUCUCUCCAGAGGUCAUGAACAGUCUAAAGAGCCUCCAGCAGUGGCUGUUUCUCCAGGAGGUUCAACGGAGCUCUGACUGGGGGUACCCAGCUGAGGUGAUGGAUAUUGGCCAGUCACUGGAGGACUGUUAG